CAUUUUCUUAUUUUCAUUCAUUAAUACUUCUGUAGUAGGAGGGAUAUAGGCAAAAUAUUUUUAUUUUCUGUUGAUGUUUAUAUUAUAGUUUUUGGUUUAUUUCAGUUAUAUUAUUUAUAUUCUUUUACAAAUAACAUGAUAGGGAUGUUUAUGUACAUUUUUGAGUUGAAAAAAGAGGUUUUAUUAGGUUUAUCCCUAUCAGUGCUCUAUAUAACCUAUUACCUAGUGGAAGCAGUCAAGAAACCCCUGCUAGUAUGCCGCGAGGGCCCAUUCCGGCAGUUCCUGGAGAACAGUGUCCCGCUGCUGCAGGAGCACUAUUGGCCCACCCCGUGGUGCGUGGAGGCGCGGCUGCAGACCGUGGUGGGCUCCGUGCUGCGCUCGCAUCUGCUGCCACAAGUACACUACCGCAGAGAGGUGCUGAAGCUGUCUGACGGCGGGCAGGUGGCGUUGGACUGGGUGGACUGCCCCGAGGAGGACGGCAGCCCGCGGCCCGUGCUACUGGUGCUGCCCGGGCUCACGGGCGGCUCGCAGGCGGACUACGCGCGCUGCCUCGUGGCCGCGGCCGCCGCGCUGCAGGCGCACGUCGUCGUGUUUCUCAACAGGGGCAUCGGAGGGAUCCCGCUUACGACGCCGCGGCUGUACUGCGCGCUGUCGCACGCGGACCUGGCGGAGGUGGUGGCGGCGGUGCGCGCGCGGCGCCGCGGCCCGCUGCUGGCGGCCGGCGUGUCGCUGGGCGGGCUCAUCCUGGGGCAGUACCUGGCCGCCGCCGGGGACGCGGCCGGCGUCAGCGCCGCGCUCAUCGUGUCCUCGCCGCUGGACGUGGAGCGCAGCGCGGAGUGCCUGGAGCGGCCGCUGCUGAACGCGGCGCUGUCGUACGUGAUGGCGCGCAACCUGCGCAACACGGUGCGCGCGCACGCGGCGCUGCGCGCGGCCGGCGCGGACUGGGCCGGCGUGGCCGCGUGCCGCUCCGUGCGCCAGUUCGACCGCGCCUUCACCACCAAGCACUUCGGCUUCCACAGCGUGGACGAGUACUACCGCCAGGCGACCCUCCGCGACAAGCUGGAGCGCGUGCGCGUGCCGCUGCUGUGCCUGUGCGCCGCCGACGACCCCAUGCAGCCCAUACACGUGAUCCCGAUGCGCGAGGCGUGCUCGAGCGCGCACGUGGCGCUGGCGGUGACGGCCCGCGGCGGCCACAUCGGCUUCCUCGAGGGCUGGUGGCCGGCCGGCGCCCCGUCCGCGCAGUACAUCGCGCGGCUGGCCCGCCAGUACUUCCGCGGCCUGCUCGCGCGCCCCGACCUGCUGCACGCGCGCCGCUGACGCCGCUAGCUACGGCACUGGGCGGGGCCGCGCCUCGUGCAGCGGAACUACUCGUUACACCGAGUCGAAUUAUUUGCUACGUCAACAUUCACACGUCACAUGACCAAUACCACCACAACCCCAAGCGAUAUUGGAGGAGUGCCGGGUAGCUUUGGUGAGUUUCAACCCUUAACCGAACUAAAUCAACUUAUCGAAAUAUUUUACAAAAUCUAUUAGGUAAUUACUAUCGUCGCUACGCACAUAUGACAAUAUUCGAACAAAUUAUUAACUAAGUAACUGAACACGCCAGCUUUUCUCUUUACUAUUAGUAUUAUCGCAAAUAUUGCGCGCGUUAUCUUAAUCCCGCGGAAGGUGACUCGAUUAAAACGUUUCUAGUUACUACACCUGCGCGAAUUGAUACAAAUUUAAGUUUUUAUUGGAAACGGACAAGAUACGUGUCUAAUUUAAUUUAAAAAUAAGACGCUUUUUUUAAUCAUAUGCUUACAUAACAUACGGCAUAUUAAUUUUGUUUUUUAUUAAUGUUUACAGUUGUUUUAUUUUAUAUAAUAUUACUGCUAUUAUACUUAAGAAUCUAGAAUUCUAAUAUAUAAAAGUAUUUUAUACCACGGACAAUAUCAAUUAAAAUGUAGGGAUUGGUAUGGAACUACAUACGAGUGCUAUGGGAUUGGUAUGGAACUACAUGCGAGUGCUAUGGGAUUGGUAUGGAACUACAUGCGAGUGCUAUGGGAUUGGUAUGGAACUACAUACGAGUGCUAUGGGAUUGGUAUGGAACUACAUACGAGUGCUAUGGGAUUGGUAUGGAACUACAUACGAGUGCUAUGGGAUUGGUAUGGAACUACAUGCGAGUGCUAUGGGAUUGCUAUGGAACUACAUGCGAGUGCUAUGGGAUUGGUAUGGAACUACAUACAAGUGCUAUGGGAUUGGUAUGGAACUACAUACGAGUGCUAUGGGAUUGGUAUGGAACUACAUACGAGUGCUAUGGGAUUGGUAUGGAACUACAUGCGAGUGCUAUGGGAUUGGUAUGGAACUACAUGCGAGUGCUAUGGGAUUGGUAUGGAACUACAUGAGAGUGCUAUGGGAUUGGUAUGGAACUACAUGCGAGUGCUAUGGGAUUGGUAUGGAACUACAUGCGAGUGCUAUGGGAUUGGUAUGGAACUACAUGCGAGUGCUAUGGGAUUGGGUUCACUCGAUGUGGGGGACAGUCCAACAUUGAAUCAACCAAAGAGUGGUUACAGCCCUCUAUGUGUCUAUAAUGAUGUCUCAUUUGGGUUGGUUGGAGGUACUCCAACGAAUAUUGACACUAAACAAUCAAUUCGAGAAAAUACCAGUGUCCAUCCAUACCACUUUGCACACAAAGAUAAGAUAGAUAAGUACCGUCAAAAUGUGAUAAAACCGACUACAAGUUAGCGAGUGAGAUUUAUAGAUUUAGGAAUCGCUUUCGGAGACGUGUUUGAAACAUAUCGUCCGCCGCACGCAGACGAGUCGCAUAUACACUCGCAUUAUACAUUAUCAUAGUUAUGUAAGUCGAUUGUUAACUUUAUCUCGUUGAUCGAGAUCGCACACACAAUAUCAUAUAUUUAUUAGCAGAUAGUAUAAUUCGGAUAGCGGGAGUCCGGCCCGGCCCGAGAGGGAACACUAGAAUACACCCCUUGUUGCAGUAUAUAAUAUAUAGAUUAUGUGAUAUUGAAUAAGGGUGAGUGGGAGCGCUAAUGUACCGUGACUUCUCCAGAAAUGUCAGUCAAUAUUUUUAUGCAUAUUUUUGUCAUUUACGUCAUUUUUAAAACUCCGUUAAGACAAAAUUUGUAUACUUUUAGUUCGGUUUUUAGUUGUAACACUACACACCAUCCUUUACAGAACAUUUAAGUUUUGAACAACUUUCUUACGGCCGUAAUAUCUUCUUUUAGGCGGCCAAAUAGUUGACACAAACAGUAGCCUUCCUUAAAAUCAGAUGUUACGUGUAGUAUUGUCUCAUUGAGAUGGGAAAGUGGCUCGCUCUCGGCCGGCGUCGGCCCCGCUAGUUCCGACGCUGUACAAGUGCCUGCGCGCGUCCGCGCCUUAGACUAUAUUAUAUCAUUAUUAUAUCGUAAGCUGUAUAUUGUGACAUUCCGCCCGUCUGUUGACCGCAUCGACAAGAUAUAUAUGUUGUUUAUUCAUUGUGUUAGAGUUUAUAUUGUAAAUUAUAACCGUUGGACCGUCAGGUUCGGUGCUAAACAACCACUAGUUGUUAAUCGUUAUACAAAUUAUAAGCCUUGCUAACUAGACGCUAUCAAAGAUGGCAUCAAAUUAUUAUCAGUUGAAAAUAUAAAGGUUUUUAAAUUUUAUGUGAAUGCGGCGGGCAUCAAAAACGCAUUUAUGAAUUCUAUGGAUAAAAUAAGUUUUUCCUUUGACCAAGCUUACAAUACUAAAACUUACAAAUGUAACUAAUUUCGACCUAUACGAUGACUAUAAUAGUUAAGUAUAUACCUAGUUAAUCUUCACUCGAGCCACGAGCCAGUUGCAGUAUUUAUACACGGCAGUCCGAGUGUGGGUCGAUGUUUGCGUUACAUUACGAAUUAUAUUUUUUACUAUACUGA